AUUCAUCAUGUUUUAUUGAUUAUCAGUACAAGGAGUUUCGUAUUUCGUAAUCCAUUUUUUAUAAUGGCGACACUGCAUUUAUCUGUCAUUGCUGUCAUGGUUAUAGUAUCUUCUUUUUGAGUUUAUCUUUUCUUUCUCGGGACGUUGUAAGAACGUCAUGCCUUUCGCUCGGUACGUAGAACCGGGGCGUGUCGCCCUGGUGGCUGACGGCGCCCUGAAGGGAAAGUUGGUUAGCGUGGUAGACGUCAUUGAUCAAACGCGCGCUCUAGUUGAUGGACCCGGCAGCGGAGUCCAGAGACAACAGAUCCGCUUAAACCAGCUUCAUUUAACUAAAUUCCGCCUCAAGUAUCCCUUCACAGCACCCACUCGUGUUGUAAGGAAAGCAUGGACAGAUGCUAAAUUAAACGAGAAGUGGGCCGAGAGUCAAUGGGCACAGAAAUUAGCUAAUAAAGAGAAACGCGCUCAGAUGACAGACUAUGAUAGGUUCAAGUUAUCAUCAGCACGUGUGAAGAGAAACCGCGCAAGAACGGCAGUUUUUAAGAGUUUGAAGGUGAAGGCGGCGCGCGCCGGCACUUUUGGCAAGAAGAAGGUCCCCAAGACACCUGCGAAAAAGCCGCGCACAAAAAAACCCGCCACUAAGAAACCAGCGAAGAAGUAAUUCUUUUCUUGUCUGAAAGUUAAAGUGUGACUACUAUUUAUGGACAGAUUUAAAAUAAAGAAUUACUUUUAGCUA